AUGGAGACGGGAGAAUAUGUCCAGGGUAGCGUUUACUUCUACGCCCCUAACAAAGGAGCGCCGGUGUUCUUCGCCGUGGCCUUUGCGAUGUCAGGGGCUCUACACACUUACAACUGCAUACACUACAAGAGCUGGCGUCUAACCGGCCUCUAUGUCUUUUGCGCCCUGCUCUUCACCGUGGGCUUCAUCAUCCGUGAGGCGGGCGCCUUCGACUACGGGGACCUGAUCAAGUACAUCGUCAGCACCUGUCUGAUCUACGCAGCACCACCCCUCCUCGAACUCGCAAACUACAACGUCCUCGGCCGCAUCCUCUACUACGCACCUUACCACUCACCCAUCCACCCCGGCCGAGUCAUCUCAACCUUCGCCUUCAUCUCCAUCGUCAUCGAAAUCCUCAACGGCAACGGCGUCGCCUACAGCGUCAACCAAUCCCUGACCCCCGCCCAGCAAGACAUGGGCCGGGCGCUCCUCAAAGCCGCCCUGGUCAUGCAACUCGGCGUCCUCUUCCUCUUCACCCUCCUCGCGGGCACCUUCCACCGGCGCUGCGUGCGCGCGGGACUGCGCAACCCCAACCUCCUCAACGCGCUCUACACGCUCUACGCGUCCACCUUCCUGCUCGCGGUGCGCACCGUCUUCCGCGUGGGCCGAGCCACGCUGAUGCUGCUGAACCAUGUGCUGAUGAACGUGCGCCAUCCGAGGAAGUACCUGCCCCAGAGCACCAAGACCUAUCUCGCGCUGGAUGGCGUGACCGAGGUCAAGGGGCCCGGGUAUAAGGAUGGGCGGCCGUUUGUGGUCACGCUGCUUGAUCCGUUUGACCUGUGGGGGCUGGUGAAGGGGCGGGAUAAGGAGACGAGGUUUUGGGAGGUUGGGGAGGGGAAGGUGGUGAGGGAUGGGGAGGCACAGGUGUGA